ACCAGAGCCAGGACAGUCCACAAGGAGAAGGGAGGGGCAACGAGCUGGCAGCUGAAGGGCAGCACGGACUGCACCCACCAGUUAGCACAGUCUGAAUCUCCUGGACACCGCUGUUUGGUUACUUUGGAACUGCUACUGCUACGUGACAUCAACUCAAGGCCAGAUCUGCAACUGUCUGCAUCAGUCCAGCAAAGCUGUCUGCAGAAAGUCACCUCUCCUGCCAUCCUGGUAGUUACCCAUUUUCCACUUGGAAGCUUGUGGGCAUUACCAGAAAUGUCCCUAACAUCCUGGCUCUGGGGAACAGCAGUAAUACUUUGUUGUGUGUCUUGGUUUCUUCUAGGGAGGAGGAGAAGGCGACAAGGUGAGCCACCACUUGAAAAUGGGUUCCUCCCAUACCUGGGCUGUGCCUUGCAGUUUGGUGCCAACCCUCUUGAAUUCCUCAAAGAAAAGCAGAAGAAGCAUGGCCACAUCUUCACUUGCCAUGUAGCAGGGAAAUACAUUCAUUUCCUCACUGACCCUUUUUCCUACCAUGCAUUGAUGCGCCAAGGAAAACACUUGGACUGGAAAAAGUUCCAUUUUGCUACUUCUGCCAAGGCUUUUGGGCAUGGUAGCAUUGACCCAGCAGAGGGAAACACCACGGAAAAUUUUCAUCACACUUUCAUUAGAACCCUUCAAGGCAAUGCCCUAGAUGCCCUCAUUGAAGCAAUGAUGGAAAACCUACAGUAUGUCAUGCUGCAGUCAAGAACACCUAAGCUCCAGUCUAAUACCUGGGUGACAGAAGGACUUUACACAUUCUGUUGCCAAGUGAUGUUUGAGUCUGGCUUUUUAACACUUUUUGGUAAAGAAUUUAAUUCAAAUAAUGACAAAAACCUAUCGUCAAAGCAGGAAACUGAGAGAGCUCAUAUCCUAAAUGCCCUUGAAAACUUCAAGGAAUUCGAUAGGAUUUUCCCAGCCCUUGUGGCAGGGCUGCCUAUCCACCUCUUCAAGAGUGCCCACAGUGCACGUGAGAAGUUGGGAGAGGCACUCCUGCACAAGAACCUCCUGAAAAGGGACAACCUCUCUGAGCUUGUCACCCUCCGCAUGUUCCUGAAUGACACCCUGUCAACCUUCGAUGACAUGGAAAAGGCGAAGACCCACGUGGCAGUGCUCUGGGCCUCUCAAGCAAACACCAUUCCUGCCACUUUUUGGACCUUGUUCUAUCUUCUUAAGAAUCCAGAAGCAAUGAGAGCUGCUACCAAAGAAGUGCAACAUGUUUUGGAAAGUGCUGAAGAGAGUAUCAGCUUAGAUGGCAAACAUAUUUCCUUGAACCGAAAACAGCUGGAUAAUAUGCCAAUACUGGACAGCAUCAUCAAGGAGGCGAUGAGGCUCUCGAGUGCAUCCAUGACUUUCCGAGUGGCCAAGGAGGAUUUCACUUUGCACUUAGAGAACGACUUCUACAACAUUCGCAAAGAUGAUAUUGUAGCUCUUUAUCCUCAGCUGCUGCAUUUUGAUCCAGAAAUCUAUGCUGAUCCCUUGACGUUCAAAUAUGAUCGCUUUCUGAAUGAGAAUGGAGAGGAGAAGACUGAUUUCUACCGGAAUGGUCGGAAGCUGAAGUAUUACUACAUGCCUUUUGGGACAGGCAUGGCAAAGUGCCCAGGCAGGUUAUUUGCUGUCCAUGAGAUUAAACAAUUUUUGGCUCUGAUGUUUUCGUGUUUUGAGAUAGAGCUGGUGGACAGUAAUGUGAAAUGUCCCUCUCUAGAUCAAUCCCGUGCAGGACUGGGUGUUUUGCAGCCAUCCAAUGACGUUUAUUUCAGGUACAGGCUGAAAUGCUUAUGAAUAUGUAUUUUUUAUUAUGCAUAUACACUAUGUACUAGUAGUACAUAAAUACACUGUAUAUACUAACAGUACUAAAUACACUGUAUGACAUACACUUUAUAUACAUUUUAUGUAUAUAUGCAAAUGAAAUACUUCAAGUCUUGGGGAAAAUCUAUAUGAAGAUGCUAAUUCACCAUUUUAAUGAAAAAUGUGCUGGUACCAGUGUGGUACCAGCAUGCAGUGGGUUUAAUGUGCUGUUUUGAUGCAAAUAUCUCCUUUUUUACCAACCAUUUUGAAAUGCAAGUUAAGAUUUUCAAUUGUGUGUGUACAAUAGCGGGGCUUUUUCUGUCAGCAAAUACUUUCCCACAGUUAGAAUUUCAUCAGCUAAUUCAUCUUAAUUUCAAAAUUGUACUAUAGUUAAAACGUAUUCUUUUCUACAAUUGAAAUGUUUGGAGGGGGGGAGGAAUGGUGGUGGUUAUCCCCACAGGUGAAAUAAAGUUUUUGUUGUAUAAAGGUAGAUCUGCAGUGAGGAGGGGAGAGUUUUCUGGGGAAAUACCUUUACGGUUUUAUGAAAAACUAGAAGACUUGAAAAAAAAUUACAAAAAUGUUCACGUUCAAGUGAAACUGCAAAACUUGUAUUAUAUUCAUUGUAAGAUACUUAUUUUCAGAGAGUGCUAACUGUGUUAAAAUAAAUUAUAUUGGCUGAACCAAA